UCCCCGAUUCCCAAAUCUACUGUCCAUGUAUAUAUAAGGUCUCUGUGCAUAUAUAUAUAUAUAUGUAUGUACAUAUAUAUAUAUAUAACGAACGUCACACUAUAUCGGAAGAGAGUUCAAUUCAGAAUAUUUACAAACAAAAUGUUCAUUCAAACGCAUGCCUGGGGUUUGUCUACCAUUUAUCCGAUCCACAGAUUCCGCAGGAACCCUGCUUCAGGAACCCCAGCUUCUGCGAGAAAACCCUUCAAUGGGUUGAAGUUGAAUGAUGUGCUGAACAAGGGGCUUUGCCAUUGUAUGUAUUCUGGACUAUUUGCCUCAGAAUUGGAGAAACAGAAUUAUGGUGUUUUCCAAUUGAAUGGAGUUUCAAACACGAGUUUACGGAAUAUGAAGAAUCAAGGUGCAAAAUUUUCAGUUUCUGAGGGGCCAAACUCAAGCAUUGGUAUGGAGAGGAAAAGAAAAGUUGUGGAACACAUAUGUCUGCUUAAAGCAAGGGAAGAUUUAUCCGAUGAGGAAGAGAAGGAUAUGCUGGAUUAUCUUUAUACAUCCCAAUAUCAAAUGGGUGGCAUUGUUGCAAUAUCAUUAGGACGUAUCUCUGGUCGUAAUACUGAAAAUUAUACCCAUGCUGUCUACAUGCGUUUCCAGAGAAAGGAAGACCUUGCAAAAUUCUAUGAGAACCCUUUCUACUUGGGAGUUCUCAGGGAUCAUGUAAUGCCUUACUGCCAUGGGCUAAUUUAUGUGGAUUACGAAUCUGAAGUAGAAGACGAUAUUCUUCCUAUAUUUCGGAAAGGAGAGGAAUUCAACUAUGGUGUGGAAUGCAUUCUUCUUAUUGCAUUUGUUGAGAGUGCAUUGGGCGCACCUGCUGAAGAUGCACUGGCAUCCCUGACAAAGCUGAUGAUGGAUUUUCCUUCCUUGAUUGUCCAAGCUACUAAAGGUUUAAAUUUCAAUCUUAGCAACACGGAAUAUACAUAUGGAGUCGUAAUACGGUUUCGGUCAUUUGAGGCCUUUGAAAUAUUCAUGAACAGUUCAGAAUACAAAGAUAUGUGGGUAUCUAAAUUCCAGCAGAUCACCGAAAAAAUGCUUUCCAUUCAUUUUUCUGUAGAUCCAGUGGGCACUGAGAUAAUGUAGCAAGGUUCCCUCACAGUCGUGGAGAUCCCGAGAAAGGCAUUCUUGCUCUGGUGUUGGUCUGCAUAUAAUGGACAAGUGGGCAGGUCAGUGUUCGUUCAUUGAUGAUUCAAAAAGUUAAAAGAUCAGCAAAAGCAAUCCAUUUCAAUGCACACAAGAGGUGAUUUGUACCCUUUUUUUUUUUUUUUUUUUUUUUUUUUUUUGAUGAAUAUGGGGAUGUCUUGACUAGUAUAUGAUAUACAAGAAGCUUGAAGGCUAACA